AUGGUCGUCCUCAAGAGCUUCGUGCUCGGCGCUCUGGCAGCUACCGUUGCCGCCAAGUCUGCCGUGCUUGACCUCAUUCCCUCCAACUUUGACGACGUCGUCCUCAAGUCUGGCAAGCCCACUCUUGUCGAGUUCUUCGCUCCCUGGUGCGGCCACUGCAAGAACCUUGCUCCCAUCUACGAGGAGCUCGCCACCGCUUUCGAGUCCUCCAAGGAUGUCCAGAUUGCCAAGGUGGACGCCGACGCCGAGAGAGACUUGGGCAAGAGAUUCGGGAUCCAGGGAUUCCCUACUCUCAAGUGGUUCGACGGCAAGAGCGACCAGCCUACCGACUAUAAGGGAGGUCGUGAUCUUGAGGCCCUGAGCACCUUCAUCACGGAGAAGACUAGUGCCAAGCCCAAGAAGAAGUACACCCCGCCCAGCGCCGUCAACAUGCUCACCGAUGAGUCCUUCAAGACCACCAUUGGCGGAGACAAGGACGUUCUCAUUGCCUUCACUGCUCCUUGGUGCGGACACUGCAAGACCCUCGCCCCCAUCUGGGAGACUGUUGCCCAGGACUUUGUCCUCGACGAGGGUGUCGUGAUCGCCAAGGUCGAUGCCGAGGCUGAGAACAGCAAGGGCACUGCCGCCGCCCAGGGCGUUUCUUCUUACCCCACCAUCAAGUUCUUCCCCAAGGGCUCCAAGGAGGGCGAGCUCUACACCGGUGGCCGCAGCGAGGACGACUUUGUCAACUUCAUCAACGAGAAGGCCGGCACCAACCGCAGCCCCGGUGGCGCCCUCAACGCCAUCGCCGGUACCAUUGCUUCCCUCGACGAGAUUGUCGCCAAGUACACUGGUGGCACCAGCAUCUCCGACGCUGCCGCCGAGGCCAAGAAGCAGGCCGAGACCCUCAAGGAGAAGGCCCAGUACAAGUACGCCGAGUACUACGUCCGCGUCUUCGACAAGCUCAGCAAGAGCGACGGCUACGCCCAGAAGGAGCUUCAGCGCCUCGACGGCAUCCUGUCCAAGGGUGGCCUGGCCCCUGCCAAGCGUGACGAGAUCACCAGCAAGACCAACAUUCUCCGCAAGUUCAUUGAGAAGGUCACCGGUGAGAAGGAGGAGUUGUAG